AAGAGAUUUUUACUUAUGUUUUGAUCAUUUAUAAAAUCUUAAAAAAAUGUUAUAAAUUGAUUGGUCGAUUAUUUUUUAAUUCUUAUUUAUCCUUUUUAAUUAGAUUUAAUAGAAAAAAUAACUCUAUAAACAUUUAAUAUCACUUGCCAAAAAUAUAUAUAAUAUUACAAAUAGUUAUUUAUGGUAACUAUUUGUUGAAACUAUAGAAAGAAUAAUGUUUGAGCAUUUUUAUAUCUAUUUUUAAACUACAUAAAAUAUAUUGAUUUUAUAUUCUUCUAUAAAUCCUUAUAUUUGUAUAUAAAGUAUUAUAAUAACUAUUAACGUCUAAUAAAAUUCAUAAAGCUUUAUAAAUCAUUUAUAAAAAUUAUAAAUACAUUUAUAAAAUUAUUAUCUUAGAUUAUCAUAUGUUUUAAAUUAUUAUAAGAGGUUUUAAGUCAUUUAUACAAGCUUAUAAAUUAAUUUAUAAAAACUAUUUUGAAUUUUUAUGUUAAAUGAGAAAUCACUUAAUUGUAUUUUUUUUUGUUAGGUAUCGAUCAUAUAGAGAGUUUGAGAAAUAAUAUUAUAAUCAUUAUCCAAACGACCUAAAUAUAUUGACACGAUAAUUUAUGGUAAUUAAAUAUGUGAUUUAUAUAAUAUAUCUAAUGCUUCAUAAAAUAAUUUUUAGGAAUCAAUAAUUUCUAAACUAUAUAAAAUAUUUCAAAAGUUUCAGUAUUAUACCUUCAAAACUUAAGUAAUUUUAUUAAAAACUGAAUCAUGAAUAUUAUAUAUAAUUAAUUUUAGUACAAUCAUCAAUACAAAAUAUCAAAAAAUAUUUAAAAUAGUCUUAUUUAUCCUUUUUAAAAAACAAUCAUUCUUAGAAAAAUAUUUAACAAAAAACAAGUAAUGCUAAAAUAAAUUUUAAUUUGAAAAAUUAUAAUAAAUAUAUUGUUACAAAACAUUCAAACCCGCGAAAUCGCGAACAUCCACCUAGUGAGAAGUAAGAAUAAGUACAAUGUUUUGUUCUUUUAUACGAAUUUGGAAUUUCAUGAAUGUUAAUGUUUUAGUUAUUAAAGUUUUCAACGCAAGUGAUCAUAUAAUAAUAUUUAAAUAAAGUAAGAAGUAGACAUAAACAAUAUCUUUACCUAAAAAUUUAUGGUUGUGAUCUCCUGUGAUUUGUGAGUUGCAAAAAAAAAACUAACUACGGUGUUGUUUUAUUAAUUGUUUUAUUAACAAAAUUUUGGUUCACAUACAAAUUUAGAUUUGGUCGAUUCAUUGGGUUGUCGAUUUCUAGACUUUUAACGGCUUAAUACGGAUUUUAACCGGUUCAACUUUAGAUGGGUAUUAAUUCGAUCCGGAAUAGUUUUCGAUUCGCGGUUUAACCUGGUCCGACCGAUGGUCCGAUCGGGAUUUAAGAACACUUGAAUAUAGAAAAUGUAGAAACUAUUAAGGUAUUUGAAGUUUUUGGUCUGAUUCCGGUUUUUGAUAUUUUGGUUCGGUUCUGCUUUGGGUCUUCGGAAUUUUUGUCUAGGCCUACUAUAAACCAACGAUCUGUACCGGAAACGGGUGGAUGUUACUCUCUCUCUCUCUCAUAGUUUCCCGCUACAUUUUCUGAGUUGAUAAGAGGGAACAGAGAAGAUUUCGGUGAGUACAAUAGAAUACAAUCGACUUAGAAGCUUCCAUGAACAACGCUCGAGAUCUCGCAGUCGUCUCUACUUCUGCAAUUGUCGGUGCUUUGAUUUCAGCUCUUGCGUUUCGCUUCUUCUCAUCAAACCCUAAGCCCCGAAGAGCUGCUUCCACCGAAAUCUCCGCAGUUUCCAGAAGAUUCCCUGGUCUAGAUCCUUACAGCCCUUUGAAGCGAAAUGGGUACUUAUCAUGGGAUGAUUAUUUCAUGGCGAUUGCAUUCCUUUCAGCUGAAAGAUCAAAGGAUCCUAACAGACAGGUCGGUGCGUGUUUGGUGAGCCAAAAUGGGGUAAUUCUUGGAAUUGGCUAUAAUGGCUUUCCAAGAGGUUGCUCGGAUGACAGACUUCCAUGGGCCAAGAAAUCCAAAACUGGGGACCCAUUGGAGACAAAGUACCCAUAUGUUUGUCACGCUGAAGUCAAUGCCAUUCUAAACACAAACCACGCAUCUGCGGCUGGACAGAAGCUUUACGUCACAAUGUUCCCUUGCAACGAAUGUGCAAAGAUUAUUAUACAGUCUGGUGUUGCUGAGGUAAUCUAUUUUGUGGAAAAGAGAUUGAAUGACUCAGAUGUUGCCUAUGUAGCAUCUCACAAGCUCUUAGCCAUGGCCAACAUCAAAGUUAGGAAACAUCAACCGGAGAUGGACCAGAUCUUGAUCAAGUUCGAAGAAGACUUACUCUGACGACCAGGGACCUAACCGGUUCUAAUUCAAACUGUAGGAGCAAACCUGAAGACAUAUUCACUCAAAGACUUAGCUCUUUCUUCAUUUAUUAUUCCUGUUUGAACGUUUAAACACAAAUUCAAGGACUUUCGCACAAACAGAUAGAGAGAAGCAGCAUUACGAAACCAAA